AUGGCCCGUACUAAGCAGACAGCCCGUAAAUCCACCGGAGGGAAGGCUCCCAGGAAGCAGCUGGCCACCAAGGCUGCCAGGAAAAGCGCUCCCGCUACCGGUGGUGUCAAGAAACCUCACCGUUACCGCCCUGGCACGGUAGCUCUUCGGGAAAUCCGUCGCUAUCAGAAAUCCACUGAGCUGCUGAUCCGCAAACUGCCCUUCCAGCGCCUGGUCCGUGAGAUCGCCCAGGACUUCAAAACCGACCUGCGCUUCCAGAGCUCUGCUGUCAUGGCCUUGCAAGAGGCUAGCGAGGCUUACCUGGUUGGCCUCUUCGAGGAUACCAACCUGUGUGCCAUCCACGCCAAGAGAGUGACCAUCAUGCCCAAAGACAUCCAGCUGGCUCGCAGGAUUAGAGGAGAGCGUAUGGCAUACUUGUUACAAUUUGAUACUAUGUUACUGUGUGCCAUUCCAGCCACUGAUAAGGUAGUGGUAAAAAUGGCCCGUACUAAGCAGACAGCCCGUAAAUCCACCGGAGGGAAGGCUCCCAGGAAGCAGCUGGCCACCAAGGCUGCCAGGAAAAGCGCUCCCGCUACCGGUGGUGUCAAGAAACCUCACCGUUACCGCCCUGGCACGGUAGCUCUUCGGGAAAUCCGUCGCUAUCAGAAAUCCACUGAGCUGCUGAUCCGCAAACUGCCCUUCCAGCGCCUGGUCCGUGAGAUCGCCCAGGACUUCAAAACCGACCUGCGCUUCCAGAGCUCUGCUGUCAUGGCCUUGCAAGAGGCUAGCGAGGCUUACCUGGUUGGCCUCUUCGAGGAUACCAACCUGUGUGCCAUCCACGCCAAGAGAGUGACCAUCAUGCCCAAAGACAUCCAGCUGGCUCGCAGGAUUAGAGGAGAGCGCGCUUAA